CGUCAUGCGUCAUUUGAAAUCCUAUUCGAAGUAUGUGCUAACUGAUUGAAAAGAGCUUCAUUCUUGCAUCUUAGUAGUUCACGCCGGAGUCUCAGUGUUCUUACUUACAGCUUAAGGCGCGAUAAAAAGCAGAGAUACAGAAGAGCGUUCCAUUCAAGUCAAUCAGAUGGAGUUGUCGACCGAAAAUUUAAAUGUUCAAGCUGGUUUAGAAGCAGAUGUCGUGGUCCAUCCCGUGCAGGGUACCCCAAAACAAGAAUUUCACGUGGAAGUGUGCUUGGAACCCGCUGAAAAAGUGCAAAACGUCGGUAUUUUUGAAGGAGACGAUGGAAAUGUUCACGUCAAGUUUAUUCCUGUGGUUCCAGGCACCUACGACAUCUUCAUCAACAGCGAUAAACUUGUUGACAGUCAUUUCACUGUCCAAGCGGAAGAGCGACGGAUUGAUAUCGUGAGUAAAUUUGAUUUGAAGGGAGAUAUUCCUAGACAGCCGAUUGGAAUUGCUGUCAACAGUCAGGGGCUCAUCGCUGUGGCCGAUAUCCACAGACACUGUAUUUUUAUAUUCAGCGAGAAAGGAGAUUUCCUGAGGACACUCGGCUGCUACGGAAAGAAUCCUGGACAAAUGAGCAGUCCAGUUGGAGUAACAUUCCUGAAUGAUGACGAGAUUCUGGUGGCAGACCAACUAAAUCACCGCAUUCAACAGUUCAAUGUUCAGAGAGGCACUUUUUCACAAAGCUUUGGAGAGGAAGGGAUAGGAGAAGGAGAGUUUAAAAACCCAGUUAGCGUUUGUAUGGAUGGCGAAGGACAUGUUAUCGUGGCCGACUGCCUCAACAACAGAAUCCAGGUCUUGACACAAGAUGGUGAGCCUGUGUUAAGAUUUGGAGACAGUGGACCAGGAAAGCUCGAUCAUCCUUUUGGGUGUGUCUCUCAUAGAGGCAGGUUCAUCGUCUCUGACUCCUGGAACAACUGUUUGAAAGUGUUCGACAGUUCAGGGAAGUUUUUGAACAAGAUUGGAGCGAAGGGCGACGCUGAUGGACUGUUGUACUCUCCGUGGGGUUUGUGUGUCGAGAAGUAUGGCAAUCAACAGAAUCUUCUUGUCUGUGACGGAAGUAAUGGUCGCAUUCAGCAGUUCACAAUGGAAGGUCGGUUCACUGGCAAAACUGUUUGUAAGCUGCAAUAUCCCACGGCUUUAACUACAGCACCUGAUGGUCGCAUUUUAUUGUGCGAUUUAGAAAUGGGUAAAGUGUGUAUUCUAAAAUGACUGGUCUGCCAAUUAAUUAAUUUGUGAUUGGUCCAGGAUUUUCGUACUUCUACCAGAGCCAAUCAGAAGCGAAGCUCAUGUGAAACUUUGAAUUUCAGUUCUAAACACUCAACCGUAAAACCUUACUGAUAUCAAAUUUUGCAAAGUAUCACUGAAACCCUCCCUUAGAAAAGGAAACGUACUCGAGUUCAAUAAUCCUGUUAGUAGAAAGAGAACCAUGUGUUCUUUUCCUUCAUAUCCAGAGACCAGACAAGCACCAAUUUAACUGAAGAAAAAACCUUAUAAAAAUUCACUGCCUGACAAGUGAGUUCUAUCCUAAACCCAGACAAAUCUUUCUACAUUUUAUUUGAACUGAUUUCUUUCUGUUCAAUUUGCUUCAUGCAAGUUUUUAUAAUUCUGACUACCGAUUCCUGGAUAUUCCGGCCCUGGCGCGAUAUAACAUAUUAUUUUUCAUGAUUACAACAGAUGGUGGUUCGUCUGAGUAUGAAGCUUAGUGAUGAUGUAAAUGGAAUUCAAGCUUUAGCCGUUUUCCGUAAAAACUGAAGAAAGCAUCGCCAACAUGGCUUUGUUUUCACGGGAUGAAAGAAAAGAACUAUUAGAUACAAUCAAAUAUAUGAAGUUCAUAUAUUUUGAACUGCGGUAUUAGAUACGUAUGAUGCACGAUCCUCGCA